AGGGAGAACCUGAAGGUCGCGGGUCUCUCUGACUUCAUCACCGUCCUCUGCAGGUCCACAGAAGGCUCCAACUUUUUUAAAUUUCACACUUUAAUUUGAAACAAGCUUCAUCCUCCUCUGCAGCUUCAUUCAUGCGCUGCUGAGACCGGAGGGGCUGAAGAUGAAGAGCAGGCUCUCUCUGGCGGCGGCUGCUGCCCUCCUGGCACUGCUGCUGUCCUCCUGUCAGGCCCAGGAGCAAGACCCUGGGUGUAAUACCACAGCGAAGGCCGACAUCGUGCUGCUGGUUGACGGCUCCUGGAGCAUCGGGCGCCUGAACUUCAAAACCAUCAGAAAGUUCAUCGCUCGCGUGGUCAGCGUGUUUGACAUCGGCCCCGACAAAGUCCAGAUCGGUGUGACUCAGUACAGCGGUGACCCAAAGACCGAAUGGCACCUGAAUGCCCACCCCACCAAAGCUUCCCUGCUGGACGCCAUCGCCAAUCUGCCAUAUAAAGGAGGAAACACCAUGACAGGUUUGGCUCUAAAAUACAUCCUCCAGAACAACUUCCAACGAGACGUGGGGAUGCGUCGAGACUCCAGUAAGAUUGUCGUCCUGAUCACUGAUGGAACCUCCCAAGACGAAGUCGUCUCAAUCUCACAGGAGCUCAGAGACAGAGGCAUCGAGCUCUAUGCCAUCGGUAUAGCUAACUUCAAUGAGAUCCAGCUGAAGUCCAUUGCCUCUGAUCCGGACGAGACUCACUUGUACACCGUCAGUAAAUUCAAGUUCCUACUGAACAUCGUCGAUGACCUCACAGUCAAUCUGCACAACAGCACGAGGAGCUCAGAUCACACACCUGAGGCGCCCACCAACCUGGUGACCUCAGAGGUGACACAGAGCUCCUUCCGCGCCACCUGGACGCCACCCGGCUGCCCUGUGGACAAAUUCCGCAUCACUUACACGAUGGCGGCCGGAGGACCCACCGAGGAGCUGCUGGUCGAUGGAUCGGUGAGCACCGCAGUGCUGGAGAACCUGAACCCUCAGACCGAGUACGUCACCACUGUUUCCUCCAUUGUGGGGGAGAAGAGCAGCGAGCCUCUCCGGGGCACUGAGACCACCCGAGACGUGUAGGUGCUGUUUGAGCUGGUGACGGCGUCCUUGCCUCAGAAGAAAGUUUCCCUCCUCUGCUUCAGUCGUCCACCCUCCAAAAACCAGCGUGUUUCAGGGCUCGUGGGAUCAGCAUGAACCGCUCCACCACCGUCUCCUCACAGCAGUCAGCUCCUGGUUUCCGUCUGUGGGGAGUUUACAUGUUCUGGCUGCGUGGGUUCCCUCGGAGUACUCCAGCUUCCUCCCACAGUCCAAAGGCAUGCCUGUUACAUUAACUGCUGACUGAAUUGGCCACAGUGUGCAUGAAAUAUAUUGGAUUAUAUUUGACUUGUAGUUGCUCAGUAAGACUAGAAAAGUGCUUUCAUGUAAGCGCAGUUUAUUAUUUACUACUUCUACUCUCUGACCUGAGGAUCAAUAA